AUGUUGGAGACAAGCCUGGAACCGGCCACUGUGAAUGCCACAACUCCGGUAUCCGGCCUUUUGGACAGUAAUAAUCCGAAAUCAGGGUCGGGUGAUGUUGAUAUGGCCACCCUCUGUUCCCAAAGUAUGGCAAAAGCUUUACCAGGCUACUGCUCAGCAAUCUUCGACGAUUUCCUCUGUUGGCCUCCAACUCCACCAAACACCACUGCAGAGAGUUCACACUUUUGUCCGAUCAAGAACACGAUUGAAUUGGCCUACCGAGUUUGCCCCGCCAGUGGGAACUGGUCACAGGAAAAGUCGGACUAUACACAAUGUUUGAUAGCUGAAGAGAAAACUGGUUUGAUAGACGGCAAGAUUGCAGCAUGGAUGCGGGACAUAUAUUUCACCCUCAGCAUAGUAUCUCUGGUUCUUCUUAUUGUCACAUUAUUCAUCUUCAUUUAUUUUAAGUCCCUCCAUUGUAGUCGGAUCUCUAUACACAAGCACCUCGUCGUCUCAUUCAUCUUACGUUUCAUUAUGAUUGUCGUGAUGACGGAGCCAUACGUAACCGCUAGAACGCACUCGUACAGAGACAUCCCCUGGAUGUGUAAAACGUUCACCGCGCUGUCGCAGUAUCUGACGUUGGCCACAAUGUUCUGGAUGCUGGUCGAGGGGUUCUUUCUCCACCAUAGUCUUGUGAUGGGCGUGUUCAGCACGAAAGCGCCCUUUAAACUCUUCUACGCCAUUGGCUGGGGAUUACCAUCGCUAUUCGUCUUGAGUUGGUGGCUUGUGUUAUAUUUCACAAUAAACGAAGUGGAGUGCUGGCGGGGGUACUCCCAAAAGAACAGUUUCUACAUCAUAUCAAUACCUUUUAUGCUUGCCGUAGGAAUCAAUCUGAUAUUUCUCAUCAAUAUAAUCCGCGUCUUGGUGUCUAAAUUGCGUGCUAAUAAUAGAAUAGAGUCAGCGAAUAUGAGGAAAGCAAUAAAGGCAACUGUGGUGCUAAUGCCAUUGCUGGGUUUGACCAACCUUCUUUUCUUCGUCAACCCGGGCACUAACAAGGACAUCGAAACAGCGUACAGGGUCACCAAUGCUGUGUUGACGUCAUCACAGGGUAUAUUUGUGGCAAUAUUGUACUGUUUCCUAAACGGGGAGGUGAGACGAGUCAUUAAACAGAAAUGGUUCCGCUUCCGCCUUCGCCAUGGCAUGCACAAUGAUCGCCGUCGGAAUUCACGUACAUCAUCGUUUUUCCUCACAUCUGCAACCGAAGUGCAUCCGUUACGCGCACUUAAGAACAAAAUGUGUCCUGACCUUGGCCAAGCUACUAAAAUGGAAGACAUUGGUGAGUUUGACGACAAGUGUAGUGAUCUGAAUGGCUUAAAAGCUACCCACGACCAAUGCUGUGACAUAAAUGGUACUAACGCUAGAAGCCCACGUAUUGUACAAAGUUUCACCUUUGAUAGUGAGAAACAUGGCCAAGAACAUAGGCCUUGUUCGUGUACAUGUUGUUGGCGCGUGGAAAAUGCACCCACUUCCUGUUGUGUAUAUUGUGAUGGAGUCGAUAAUCACGAAAACCAUGAGGACAUUGUAAUGUCGCCCUAA